AAUAACCUUCUCCGAUAGUUCCACCACGUAUCUACGUACUUCUGUACAAAUCGGCAGACUUGACCAAAGAAAAUUCAGUUCUUAUAAACCUGUCGUAGAGUGAUUUUCGAGUGUUACUUUAUUCGGACGGACUUGAAAAUAAUUUUUCGCUUAAAGUAAAAUAAUUAGAUAAGCACAAUAAAUUAAAAAUGUCUUUCACUGAUUUUAAUCAGACAUGCAAGGAGUCUAACUGGUCGGUAGAGUUGCCAAUUUAUCCGUCUUCACCUGAGAGCAUAAGGACGAGCGAGUCGGAAGAAUGGAAUUACAACCAACAAUUUAAUCGUGAUGAUUCACCUCUUUUUGAUGCUAAAAAAACCACUGAUGCUGUUGAUGCGAAUAAUAUUUUUAAAACAGCCAUUUCAAACUCCAAAUUAUUGAAUCGACAAUCACUCGAGCAUCAACUAUUAAAAAAGCCUUUCGUCAACAAAGACAUAAACGAUUUACCCGCCGAAGAGCUUCAGCAACAACAAGAUCAUUGUCUCAGAAAUAAAUCAUCUUUACGGAAAGUGAAGCGAGCUAUUACAAAAAAAGAGAUUAAAACAAGACGAACACGAACUAAAUUGACCGACAAACAACAUAGUGAGCUGGAAAAAUUUUUCCGUCAAAGUAAUUACAUGUGCUAUGCAGAAAGAUUUGACAUCGCAUCUCAAUUAGGCAUCAGCGAAAAAACGGUGAAUGCGUGGUUUAACCGUCGUCGACUAAAGUUGAGGAAAACUAUCUCAAAUGAAGUAGAUACCAAUGACAAAAAAAAUUUUAACCCUCCGAAAAAUGAAAGAAAUCAGUUCAUGAUUGCCGCAGAAGACAUCAAUUGUCGAAGAAUUAACGCGUCCAGAUUAGAUACGACUAUUCAUUACUAUCCGUCACCACUAAAUCAAGAUAUGGGUAUCAAAAACGACAUUACAAACAAUUUUACAAAUGGUAACUACCAAACAGCAUACAGCGGAAGUAUGCAAAAUGGUAACAUUUUCAACAAAUCUUCUGACGUCAAAAUGUACAACGACAACAAUAAUUAUCAUUAUAUAUCUCGCAGUGGGUCCAAUAAUAAUAAUAAUAAUAAUAAUAAUAAUAAUAAUAAUAAUAAUAAUAAUAAUAAUAAUAAUAAUAACAUUUUCAACAAAUCUUCUGACGUAAAAAUGUACAACGACAACAAUAAUUAUCAUUAUAUAUCUCGCAGUGGGUCCAAUAAUAAUAAUCAUAAUGAUAAUAAUGAUAAUAAUAAUAAUAGUCAUAAUAAUUAUAAUAAUAAUAAUAAUAAUAAUAACAUUUUCAACAAAUCUUCUGUCGUCGAAAUGUACAACGACAACUAUAAUUAUCAUUAUCUAUCUCGCAGUGGGUCCAAUAAUCAUAAUCAUAAUGAUAAUAAUGAUAAUAAUAAUAAUAGUCAUAAUAAUAAUAAUAAUAAUAACAUUUUCAACAAAUCUUCUGUCGUCGAAAUGUACAACGACAACAAUAAUUAUCAUUAUAUAUCUCGCAGUGGGUCCAAUAAUAAUAAUCAUAAUGAUAAUAAUGAUAAUAAUAAUAAUAGUCAUAAUAAUUAUAAUAAUAAUAAUAAUAAUAAUAAUAAUAAUAAUAAUAACAUUUUCAACAAAUCUUCUGUCGUCGAAAUGUACAACGACAACUAUAAUUAUCAUUAUCUAUCUCGCAGUGGGUCCAAUAAUCAUAAUCAUAAUGAUAAUAAUGAUAAUAAUAAUAAUAGUCAUAAUAAUAAUAAUAAUAAUAACAUUUUCAACAAAUCUUCUGUCGUCGAAAUGUACAACGACAACAAUAAUUAUCAUUAUAUAUCUCGCAGUGGGUCCAAUAAUAAUAAUCAUAAUGAUAAUAAUGAUAAUAAUAAUAAUAGUCAUAAUAAUUAUAAUAAUAAUAAUAAUAAUAAUAAUAAUAAUAAUAACAUUUUCAACAAAUCUUCUGUCGUCGAAAUGUACAACGACAACUAUAAUUAUCAUUAUCUAUCUCGCAGUGGGUCCAAUAAUCAUAAUCAUAAUGAUAAUAAUGAUAAUAAUAAUAAUAGUCAUAAUAAUAAUAAUAAUAAUAACAUUUUCAACAAAUCUUCUGUCGUCGAAAUGUACAACGACAACAAUCAUUAUCAUUAUCUAUCUCGCAGUGGGUCCAAUAAUAAUAAUUAUAAUGAUAAUAAUGAUAAUAAUAAUAAUAGUCAUAAUAAUAAUAAUAAUAAUAAUAAUAAUAAUAAUAACAUUUUCAACAAAUCUUCUGUCGUCGAAAUGUACAACGACAACAAUAAUUAUCAUUAUCUAUCUCUCAGUGGGCCCAAUAAUAAUAAUAAUUAUAAUAAUAAUAAUAAUAACAUUUUCAACAAUUCUUCUGUUGUCAAAAUGUACAACGACAACUAUAAUUAUCAUUAUCUAUCUCUCAGUGGGUCCAAUAAUAAUAAUAAUACUAAUAAUAAUAAUAAUAAUAAUAAUAAUAAUAAUAAUAAUAAUAACAGUUAUUAUGCAAACCCUGACGAAUACGUAGAUUAUAACUAUAAAGAAUACAAUACUACCACUGACUAUCCGGUUAAUAACAGUAACUUUUAUACGUCCGGAGUAAUUCAGAAUUCAGAUCAACCUAUAAACUUACUUCCAGAAAUCACAUCAUUGAUUGAGUUAAACAACGAAAUGGAUGGGUUCAAAUUUUUACGCUUUACUCUUAUUGACUAUCAAUUUCAGUAAGAAAUGGGAUUAAAUAGAUGUAAUUAUUUAGUAAGGCUGAUAUUGUUGUGUUAUGUUAAGUCAUUAAGCAGGGAUCAUGUAAAUAAUGAUCAAGUAUUUAAUUCAUGGGCAAUAAGUAUAAAAAUUCAGUGGAUAAAAUUAUAAUUGAAUAAGUAGUGACGACGUAAAAUACGGAAUUCAAUUGACUUGCUACAAUAAUAUAAGAAUACUAUUGAUAAUUUAGGACGUAUGUAGUUUUUUCUACUCUUUUGAAUUACUUAUUGGACUAUUUAUAUUAUUUAAUUUUUGUUUCUAGAAACUUAUAGUGUUAGUUAAAAAGACACCAAAUAUUUAUUAUUACUGAAAUUGUAAUAACUUUGAUUAAUUUAUUUUUAAUGCUAUUACUUGCUUUUUUUUUAAAUUACUUAAAUGCAUAUAAGUUAAGCUUUUAUACUAAAAAUUGAGUAUGUUAUU